AUGCUCCCUUCCCUAUAUAAGGAUGAUGAAGGUAAACCUGUAGAUGAAACAAAGUAUCAUGGAAUGAUUGGCUCAUUACUUUAUCUUAUAGCUAGUCGACCAGAUAUGAUGUUUAGUGUAUGCAGAUGUGCAAGAUUUCAAUCUGCCCCGAAGGAAUCACAUCUUAGUGCCGUUAAGAGAAUGAUAAGAUAUCUAAUUGGCACUGUGUCACAUGGUUUACGGUAUUCAAAAACUAAUCUCUACAAUCUUGAAGGUUUUUCUGAUGCUGAUUUUGCAGGAGACAAAGAUGACAGAAAAAGUACUAGUGCAACAUGUCAACUUCUUGGAAAAUCGUUAAUUUCUUGGCAUAGGAAGAAACAAGGAUGUGUUUCGUUAUCCACUAUUGAAGUAUAUUUCCAUUGGGCAAUCCUGUGCUCAAAUCCUAUGGAUGGUUCAUCAACUCAGUGA